CACCAUGUGUCCAUUGGUAAUCCGCUCUUAAAUAACUCUGGGGCAGGGACAGAGUGUGGGAGCCCAGGCAGGGAAAUAACAGCAGUCAGUGUCCCGUUGUCCCUCGGACACACAGUAGUCAGGGCAGGAGAGGGAUUCAGCAUCCAGGAAGCUUGCAGUCAGGAUGAACUUUGCUGCCCAGUUAUUCUACACCAGCUACCUGAGCGAGCGACUGGAACGUUUGUUCUCACCAAGACCUGCGAUUAAAGACAGCGAGGAAAAUGACCCCUUCUGGGAGAGAGAAGAAUUACGUCUGGGUCCCAGUCAGCCUGGCACGUCUUACAAACCCGUCUGUAACGGCACCGUGGGCCGCCGAUCUACUCUCAUCGAACCAGAGCGUCUCAAAGACUUUGGCGAGGAGGAACUUCUCAAUGGAGACGUUAGGUUCUACGAAACCAAAGUGGUUGCAGCUCCUGAAAUAAAGCUGAUGGAUCCCCCGAAAACCAGAAGAAUGAGUGAGUUCAGGACCGUUCCCAGACCUCCAGCUCAGUAUCUACGCUUUGAGGACAUCAAUGCAGCAGCCUUCAGGAUCCAGUCGGUGAUACAGAAAACACCUUGCACGUAUUCCAGGCUUUCCAAACAGUAUGGGAUGGAGAUCUUCCUGAAGAAGGAGCAUCUGCACUACACGGGCUCCGUGAAGGAGAGAGGAGUGCUGUACCUGCUCACCUCCCUCACACAGGAGCAGCAGAGGAAGGGUGUGAUCGUGGCCACUGACUGUAGCUUUUCCAUGGCCGUGGCUCACCAUGCAGUGGAGCUGAAGAUUCCAGUGUUCGCCAUCAUGCCGUCAAGCUGCUCUUCUCCACGUCUGCGGACCUACAGGGACUACGGAGCGAUGGUCAUCUCGUAUGGCGGCACCAACCAUGACUCCCAAAACCACGCCAGACAUCUGGCCAAAGAGAACGGAUAUCUUUAUCUGGAAGAGGAUGAAAAUGCAGCUUAUCUAGCAGGACUAGGAACUGUGGGGAUGGAGAUCUUUGAGCAGGUUCCCAAAGUGGAAGCAGUGAUUCUUCCUGCAGCAGGACAGUAUGGACUUCUAGCCAGCACCGCUGCAGCCAUCAAACACCUCAACCCUCAGACUAUUGUUAUAGGAAUUGAAACAGAAGGCUUCCCUCUACUGCUGCAAUCCCUGAAAACAGACGCCCCAAUCAAAAACAUGCACGGCAACCCCAAUACGAAACUGUAUGGAGAUUUUACUGAGCGCUCGCUUGGGGAAAAUACCUUCCAGUUGGCCAAGAAACUGAUUGACAAGAUUAUACCUGUCAGUGAAGAAGACUCUCUGGUGGCCAUGCUGCGAUUUCAGGAGGUAGAGCACUCCACAGUGGACACUGUGGGAGCCAUGGGACUGGCUGCCAUAUUGGCAGGGCAACUACCAGAACUGAGAGGGAAAAAGGUGGUUGUUUUGGUGAGCAGUGCUAACAUGGAGCCAGACCUGCUGAGGCAGUGUGUGGACCGAGCUUUGGUGUUGGACGAGCGGGUCAGUAAGUUCUCUGUGCAGCUGGGAGAAUGGCCAGGAGACAUGGCCAAGCUGCUGGACGUACUGUCCAGAGAGGAUGUGAGAUUAUUGGAUGUCUGCCAUCGCAGACACAGUGACAAGUCAGAUGUCUUCAAAGCAAAGGUGGAAUGUGUGGUGGAAACCAGGGAUAAGACACAAAGUGCUCAGCUGCGCAAGACGCUGAAUGAGCGCUACCCUUCGAUAUGCUGGCUGGACCGGUGAUCUAAACACUACAAGCACAAACCA